GCGGCGGCCACCGCCCCGGGAAGCGCAUCUGCGCGGCGGCCGCCACCUGCGCCGCGGGGACCGGCACCGCGGGGACCGGGCGCUCGCGGCUCCGCUGAUCCGCCCGCAGAAUGGCUCACGCGGCGGCUUCCAUCAAGAAAGUGCGGGAGGCCGAGCUGGAGGAGAAGGAGCGGGUCCUGGAGCGGGAGCGCAAGAAGCAGCGGCGGAGCCCGCGGGAGCGCGCGGAGCGCAGGCGGAAGUCGGACAGCAAUGCCAGCUUCCUGCGCGCGGCCCGAGCGGGCAACCUGGACAAGGUGAUGGAGUUCCUGAAGGGCGGCGUGGACAUCAACACCUGCAACCAGAAUGGACUCAACGCCCUCCACCUGGCGGCCAAGGAGGGCCACGUGGGGCUGGUGCAGGAGCUGCUGGGCAGAGGGUCGGCCGUGGACUCCGCCACCAAGAAGGGGAACACGGCUCUUCACAUCGCCUCGCUGGCGGGACAGGCGGAGGUCGUCAAGGUGCUGGUCAAGGAAGGCGCCAACAUCAACGCCCAGUCCCAGAACGGCUUCACGCCCCUGUACAUGGCUGCCCAGGAGAACCACAUCGAGGUCGUGAAGUACCUGCUGGAGAAUGGCGCCAACCAGAGCACCGCCACCGAGGACGGCUUCACGCCGCUGGCGGUGGCGCUGCAGCAGGGCCACAACCAGGCGGUGGCCGUGCUCCUGGAGAACGACACCAAGGGCAAGGUGCGGCUGCCCGCCCUGCACAUCGCCGCCCGCAAGGACGACACCAAGUCCGCGGCGCUGCUGCUGCAGAACGACCACAACGCGGACGUGCAGUCCAAGAUGAUGGUGAAUAGGACGACUGAGAGCGGCUUCACGCCCCUGCACAUCGCCGCCCACUACGGCAACGUCAACGUGGCCACCCUCCUGCUCAACCGGGGAGCCGCCGUGGACUUCACCGCCCGGAACGGGAUCACCCCUCUGCACGUGGCCUCCAAACGGGGAAACACAAACAUGGUGAAGCUCCUGCUGGACCGCGGAGGUCAGAUCGACGCCAAAACCAGGGACGGGCUGACACCGCUGCACUGCGCGGCCCGGAGCGGGCACGACCCGGCGGUGGAGCUGCUGCUGGAGAGGGGCGCGCCCCUGCUGGCCAGGACCAAGAACGGGCUGUCCCCGCUGCACAUGGCCGCGCAGGGCGACCACGUGGACUGCGUCAAGCACCUGCUGCAGCACAAGGCGCCCGUGGACGACGUCACGCUGGACUACCUGACGGCCCUGCACGUGGCCGCGCACUGCGGCCACUACCGCGUCACCAAGCUGCUUCUGGACAAGCGGGCCAACGCCAACGCCCGAGCCCUGAACGGCUUUACUCCACUGCACAUUGCCUGCAAGAAAAACCGCAUCAAAGUCAUGGAGCUGCUGGUGAAAUACGGGGCUUCCAUCCAGGCGGUCACCGAGUCGGGCCUCACGCCUAUACACGUGGCCGCCUUCAUGGGCCACCUGAACAUUGUGCUGCUGCUGCUGCAGAACGGCGCCUGCCCAGACGUCACUAACAUUCGUGGGGAGACGGCACUGCACAUGGCAGCCCGGGCGGGCCAGGUGGAGGUGGUGCGAUGCCUGCUGCGCAACGGCGCCCUGGUCGACGCCAGAGCCCGGGAGGAGCAGACGCCUCUGCACAUCGCCUCGCGCCUGGGCAAGACGGAGAUCGUGCAGCUGCUGCUCCAGCACAUGGCGCACCCGGACGCGGCCACCACCAACGGGUACACGCCCCUGCACAUCUCCGCCCGCGAAGGCCAGGUGGACGUGGCCUCGGUCCUCCUGGAGGCCGGGGCUGCCCACUCCUUAGCUACCAAGAAAGGCUUCACCCCGCUGCACGUGGCCGCCAAGUACGGCAGCCUGGACGUGGCCAAGCUGCUGCUGCACCGGCGCGUGGCGGCCGACUCGGCGGGGAAGAACGGCCUGACCCCGCUGCACGUGGCCGCCCACUAUGACCACCAGGACGUGGCCGUGCUGCUGCUGGAGCGAGGCGCGUCCCCGCACGCCACGGCCAAGAAUGGCUACACUCCCCUGCACAUCGCCGCCAAGAAGAACCAGACGCAGAUUGCAUCCACGCUCCUCAGCUACGGGGCUGAGACCAAUGUGGUGACCAAGCAGGGCGUGACCCCGCUGCACCUGGCCUCCCAGGAGGGGCACGCGGACAUGGUCACCUCGCUCCUGGACAAGGGCGCCGACGUCCACACGUCGACCAAGAGCGGACUCACAGCCUUGCACCUCGCAGCCCAGGAGGACAAAGUGAACGUCGCUGACAUUCUCGUCAGGCACGGGGCGGACCAGGAUGCCCACACGAAGCUUGGUUACACUCCUUUAAUUGUGGCCUGUCACUAUGGAAAUGUGAAAAUGGUCAACUUCCUUCUGAAGCACGGAGCCAAUGUCAACGCCAAAACCAAGAGUGGCUACACGCCCCUGCACCAGGCUGCACAGCAGGGCCACACACACAUCAUCAAUGUGCUGCUGCAGCAUGGGGCGCGACCCGAUGCCACCACCACGAAUGGCAACACGGCCCUGGCCAUCGCUAAGCGGCUGGGCUACAUCUCGGUGGUGGACACCCUGAAGGUUGUGACGGAAGAGGUCACCACCACCACAACAACGAUCACUGAGAAACACAAGCUGAAUGUUCCCGAGACCAUGACCGAGGUGCUGGACGUCUCUGACGAAGAGGCUCUUAAGCAGCCUGGUGACCGCGUUAUUGAUGGGGAAGUACUUAGUGACUCAGGAGACGACACGAUGACGGGGGACGGCGGGGAGUACCUGCGGCCCGAGGACCUGAAGGAGCUGGGGGACGACUCGCUGCCCAGCAGCCAGUUCCUGGACGGGCUGACGUACCUGCGCUACAGCCUGGAGGGCGGGCGCUCCGACAGUAGUGCCGUGCCCAGCCUCCGGUCCUUCAGUUCCGACAGGUCGCACACCCUGAGCCACGCCUCCUACCUGAGGGACAGCGCCAUGAUCGACGACACCGUUGUGAUCCCCAGCCACCAGGUGUCAGCGCUCGCCAAGGAGGCGGAGAGGAACGCCUACCGCCUCAGCUGGGGCCCCGAGCACCUGGACAAUGUGGCCCUUUCUUCCAGCCCCAUCCACUCAGGCCGCACCUCUCCAUGUCUCGACCGUGACAACAGCAGCUUCCUGGUCAGCUUCAUGGUGGACGCCCGCGGGGGCGCCAUGCGCGGCUGCAGACACCACGGGCUCCGCAUCAUCAUCCCGCCGAGGAAGUGCACGGCCCCCACACGGGUCACCUGCCGCCUGGUGAAACGCCACCGCCUGGCGACCAUGCCCCCGAUGGUGGAGGGAGAAGGCCUGGCCAGCCGCCUGAUUGAAGUCGGACCCUCUGGCGCGCAGUUCCUGGGUAAACUCCACCUGCCAGCGGCUCCCCCCCCACUUAACGAGGGAGAAAGCUUGGUCAGCCGCAUCCUCCAGCUGGGGCCUCCUGGAACCAAGUUCCUUGGGCCCGUCAUCGUGGAGAUCCCGCACUUCGCUGCCCUGCGCGGGAAGGAGCGGGAGCUGGUGGUGCUGCGCAGCGAGAGCGGGGACAGCUGGAAGGAGCACGGCUGCGAGCACACGGAGGACGAGCUCAACGAGAUCCUCAACGGCAUGGACGAGGUGCUGGACAGCGCUGAGGACCUGGACCGUAAGCGCAUCUGCCGCAUCGUCACGCGUGACUUCCCGCAGUACUUCGCCGUGGUAUCCCGUGUCAAGCAGGACAGCCACCUGAUCGGGCCCGAGGGCGGCGUGCUGAGCAGCACAGUGGUCCCGCAGGUGCAGGCGGUGUUCCCCGAGGGCGCACUGACCAAGCGGAUCCGAGUGGGCCUGCAGGCGCAGCCCAUGCACAGCGAGCUGGUCAGGAAGAUCCUGGGGAACAAAGCGACCUUCAGCCCAAUCGUCACCUUGGAGCCCAGACGGAGGAAGUUCCACAAGCCCAUCACCAUGACCAUCCCCAUCCCCAAGGCCGCCAGCGACGUCAUGCUGAACGGUUUUGGGGGAGAUGAUCCGACCUUGAGACUCCUGUGCAGCAUCACAGGCGGGACCACUCCUGCGCAGUGGGAAGACAUCACGGGAACCACGCCAUUAACGUUUGUCAAUGAGUGUGUUUCCUUCACCACCAACGUGUCUGCCAGGUUCUGGCUGAUCGACUGUCGGCAAAUCCAGGAGUCCGUCGCCUUCGCCUCCCAGGUGUACAGGGAGAUCAUCUGCGUGCCGUACAUGGCCAAGUUCGUGGUGUUCGCCAAGUCGCACGACCCCAUCGAGGCACGGCUGCGGUGCUUCUGCAUGACUGACGACAAGGUGGACAAGACCCUGGAGCAGCAGGAGCACUUCGCGGAGGUGGCCCGCAGCCGGGACGUGGAGGUGCUGGAAGGAAAGCCCAUCUACGUUGAUUGCUUUGGCAAUCUCGUGCCAUUAACCAAGAGUGGCCAACAUCACAUAUUCAGUUUUUUUGCCUUUAAAGAAAACAGACUUCCUCUCUUUGUCAAGGUACGAGACACGACUCAGGAGCCGUGCGGACGGCUGUCAUUUAUGAAGGAGCCCAAGUCCACGCGAGGCCUGGUGCACCAGGCCAUCUGCAACUUGAACAUCACCCUGCCUGUGUGCAUCAAGGAGUCCGAGUCGGAUCCGGAGCAGGAGGAAGAGAUCGAUGUGACAUCAGAAAAAAACGAUGAGACAGAGUCGACAGAAACAUCUGUCCUGAAAAGCCAGCUGGUCACUGAGGCCCCAGCCCUGGCGAGCCCGGAUCUGCUCUCGGAAGUCUCUGAGAUGAAGCAGGGCCUGCUGAAGAUGAGUGCCCUGCUGACCACAGAUGCGGCCGACAGGGCGGGGCCGCUCAGGGACAAGGAGCCGGCCGGGCCCUCCCAGGAGGAGCCGGGGGAGCCCUUUGAAAUCGUGGAGAAAGUGAAGGAGGACUUAGAGAAGGUGAACGAGAUCCUGAGGGGGGGGUGCUCAGAGGGGGAAGGCCGUGAGCAGGGGCCCCAGCAGGACGAGGAGUGGGUAGUUGUCAGUGACGAGGAGAUAGCGGAGGCCAAGCAGAGGGCACCCCUGGAAGUCCCCGAGGUCCCCUGUGUGGAAGUGAGACUAGUGAGGGAGACCCCAGCCCAGGGACAGAAGGAUGCCACGGGGCUGGUCAACUACCUCAUUGAGGACCUGAGCUCCUACACGGCCUCUCCCAAAGGGGCCCCACAGCCAGUGCCCCGUGCGGCCGGGGCCGGGCGCGCUGGGAGCCAAGGGAAGGACGUUCCCCGAGAUGGGACGCAGAGAGGGCAGAAGGAGCGCAAGCUGGGCCUGGGCAUGAAGAAGCCCGCACGGAGGAAGCUGAGGGAGGACCUGACGCAGAAUGAGGAGGGCGCACAGGCCGGCACGGGGAAGCUGGGGCUGCGGAAGGGCAGCUCCGAGGAGUCCGCGGAGGAGGACGCGGGGUUGGCUCCGGAGCCGCAGCCCGCGGGAAAGGCCACGUCGCCGCUGGUGGAAGAGACACCCAUCGGCUCCAUCAAGGACAAAGUGAAGGCCCUUCAGAAGCGGGUGGAAGAUGAACAGAAAGGUCGAAGCAAGUUGCCCGUCAGAGUCAAGGGCAGAGAGGAGGUGCCCCGGAGGGCCAGCCCCAGGCUGCCACCAGCCGCCUCGCCCCCUCUGAAGUCCGACAGGCGGGCACCUGCCCCCCCGACCUCCAAGGCAGACAGACACUCUUCCCUCGCCGCCUCUGCCAAGUCCGACAGGCAUCCUCCCCCAUCACCACCGAGUAAAACGGACAAACACUCACCCGUGUCUCCCUCAACGAAGAACGACAGACACUCACCCGUGUCUCCCUCAACGAAAACCGACAGACCCUCGCCCGUGUCUCCCUCAGCGAAAACCGACAGACCCUCGCCUGCAUCCUUGUCAGGCAAAAACGGGAAACACUCACCUGUGUCACCUUCAGGCAGAGCAGACAGACACCCACCUGCGUCGCCAUCGGGAAGGACGGAUAAACAUGCACCCGCAUCGCCGGGGAGGACAGACAAGCGCCUGCCCGUGUCCCAGGCGGCCAGGACGGAAAAGCACCCCCCAGGGCCAGCCCCUGGGAAAGCAGAGAAGCGCCUCUCGGCGCCCCCGUCUGGGAAAACGGAAAAGGCAGCCCCCGUGUCCCCCACCUCGAGGACCGAGCGCAUCGAGGAGACCAUGUCCGUGCGGGAAUUGAUGAAGGCCUUUCAGUCAGGUCAGGACCCGUCCAAACACAAGGCCGGACUCUUCGAGCACAAAUCCCCCAAACCAAAGCCGCCGCAGGAAAAGGGCCGGGCUCGGGCAGAGAAAGAAAAGGGGCAGGGGCCCGCCCAGAGAGAGACCCAGAAAACCGGGAGUCCGCCCCCCAAGCCCGGCCAGAGGUUCCCGGGAGCUGUGGCCACAGGCGCCUCCGGGCCGAGAGAAAACGCCGCUGGAGGGAAGGAGCCGGUGUCAGGCCACAGGAUGCCGCCACCUGUGGGGCAGGCCCUCGGGGAGGAGCCGGACGAGCGGGGCAAUGGGGACCCCCAGAUCAGCCCCGACCGCAGAACCUCCACCGACUUCUCGGCGGUGAUUAGGCAGGAGCUGGAGGACAACGCCCGGUACCAGCAGUUCUGCCACCGGGAGGAGCCGGAGCCGGCGGAGGCGCAGCUGGUCCCGGAGCAGGUGCUCACCAGCCCCUUCCCCAGGGCCUUCCAGCCGGAGCCGGACAGCGGGGAGCUGCUCCCAGGCCUGGCCUUCCGCCUGGAUGGCAGCUGGGAGAACCUGCGGCAGGAGGGAGCGGUGGGGUCCCCGUGUGGCAGCCUGAUGGAGGGGACCCCCCAGGCCAGCUCAGAGGAGAGCUACAAGCACGAGGGCCUGGCCGAGACCCCUGAGACCAGCCCAGAGAGCCUUUCUUUCUCACCAAAGCAAAGCCAGGAGCAACUUGGGGAGCCCAGUGAAACCACCCCCUUAGAAACAGACAGUCAUUCGGGUGAAGAGCGGUCCUCCACCAAAGACACUGGCGACGCUACCCGAGAGCCUGGCAUGGCUGUCACUGGGGGCUCUGAGCCCGCAGCCAGGGGCGUGAAGGAGGCCACCCCGGACCUGCCCAGAGAGACGGGCCCCACCCCCAGCGGCGGCGACCUGGGCCACUGCACUGUGUCCCCAGCGAAGGAGGCUCCUGCCCGUCCGACUGAGGGCGUGCCCGGGGAGGACGGUCCACCUGCCCACGAGACACGAACUGAGCCCCAAGCUCAGAGACCCACGAGCCCCGAGCCCGAGGCCCCCGUGGCGACUGGCCAGGCCCAGGCCGCCCCCCGCAGCCCUCCAGGCCUGGAGCUGCCCCUCCGUCAGCCCGACACCGAGGUCCUCAGCCCCGGGGCCGACGAGUCCCUGGCGGUAAGCCACCAGGACUCCCUGGAGGCCAGCCCCGUGCUGGAGGACAACUCCUCCCACAAAACCCCGGACUCCCUGGAGCCCAGCCCCCUGCGCGAGUCCCCGUGCCGCGACUCCCUGGAGGGCAGCCCUGUGGAGCCCAAGGUGAAGGCCGGCGUCUUCCCGGGCCCCUCUCCUCUCCCCGCCGCUGUCGCCAGAGCGGAGCUCCUCUCCGAGGGGGCCUCCGUGCGGGCCCGGCUGCUCCGCGACCCCGACGGCAGCGCCGAGGACGACAGUCUCGAGCAGACGUCCCUCGUGGAGAGCUCAGGGAAGAGCCCCCUGUCCCCCGACACCCCCAGCUCCGAAGAAAUCAGCUACGAGGUCACCCCCAAGGCCUCAGACACAAGCCCCCCCAAACCAGCUGUGAUUCCCGAAUGCGCGGAGGAGGACAUGGAAAACGGGGAGAGAAAGAGGUUCACCCCUGAGGAGGAGAUGUUUAAAAUGGCCGCGAAGAUCAAGACCUUUGACGAGCUCGAGCUAGAAGCCAAGCAGAAGAGGGGCCUCCGGAGAGAGCCCGAGCCCGAGCCCGAGGGCCCUUCCUCCUCCCAGCCCGACACCGCGCGUCCGGCGGCCGUGGGCGGGCCGCGGGGGCAGGACACCGAGGACAGGCGUGCCGUCCCCGUGGUGGUGACUGCCGGCAGCAGGACCGCGUCCUCCUCCUCCUCGGAGAGCGAGCCGGAGCUGGGGCUGCAGAGAGCGGGCGCCGACCCAGGCCUGCUCCCGGAGCCGGUCAUCCACGUGCAGCCGCCGUCCCCGCUCCCAUCCAGCGUGGACUCCAGCUCCAGCCCCGAGGAAAUGCCCUUCCAGCCGACCGCCUCCAAGCAGUACACGUUCAGGGUGCUCGAGGACGCUGAGGGGCCCGGGGCGUCGGGAGAAGAAGCGUGCGCACCUCAUCUGCCGGAAGGCAGCCCGGCGGGUCGCCCCGGGGGCCCGGGCCCGGCCUCCGACGGCCUGGACAGAGACGCUGACCAGCCCCAGCUCUGCGCGGGCCUCGGGUGUGAAGCGGGGAGCACAGGCAGCUGGGCCUCGCCCAGCCCCUCAGGUCCCUGUGGCGCCCCCCAUGCUGAGGUCCAGGAGCAGCUGGCUGGCUGGGAGGAGCCGUCGGCCCCGCAGCCCCCAGAGAAGAAGGACUCAGAGGGAGAGGCGCACCCAGGAGCUGCGCUUCCCAGCGAAGGCUCUUCACCGCCGCCCCUGGGGCCUGAUGGUCCAGCAUCUGAAGGAAGAGAGUCAGACGAAGACCUCGUCUCUGCACCUCCCACCACGGAAACGGGGGCCGCAGGACCCGGCCACGCCCCCAGGAGGCUCCCCAGGGCCUGCCCCACGCUCGCCGCCACCACCACUCACACAGACACACUGUCCACAGACGGCCCGGGCUCCGACCGCGCUGGGACCGAGGACGCCUGUGACCUUCACAUCACAAGCCCGUAUGAAAACGUUCCUCCCCAGUCUUUUUUCUCCAGCGAAGAGAGCAAAACCCAGACAGAGGCAAGAUACACGAGCUUUCACUCAGCAGAAGCGUGCUCUGUGGCCAUCACGUCCUCGGCGGAAGGCGUGGCGGUGGUCCGCUCUUCAUGUGCCACCGUUUCAAGCAGAGAGUGCAGUUUUGAGGGCCAGAGCACAAAAUCCACGCAAGAAAGCACCUUGUGGGAGACGCAGGCGGAUGGCGCCCCUGCAUCCGUCGGGUCCCCGCGGCCCUGCGCCGCUGCAGUCCCCGGCGAGCAGGUGAGCACAGUCGUCAUCACCACCAGCCACGUGGACUCAGAUUCCUGGAGCGAGAUCCGCGAGGAUGACGAAGCCUUCGAGGCCCGCGUGAAGGAGGAGGAGCAGAAGGUGUUCGGUCUGAUGGCGGACAGGCCGUCCCAGGGCACCACCCCAGACACCACGCCGGCCCGGACCCCCACCGAAGAGGGGACCCCAACUGGCGACCAGAACCCGUUCCUGUUUCAGGAGGGCAAGCUGUUCGAGAUGACCCGGAGCGGCGCCAUCGACAUGACCAAGAGGUCCUACGCCGAGGACGGUUUUCACUUUUUCCAAAUUGGGCCGGACUCCCAGGAGGAGACCGUCUCUGAGGACGUGGCAGGAGGCGGGGCUGCCGCCGAGCCCUCAGCGCCGGAGACACCAGCUCGGUCACUGGCACCUUCAGAAUCAAAAGACACAGACCUGGCUGACGCUCUCCCCUCGGACCUGAGUGAGGAGGGAGCGGGAGCCCCGGCUUCCGACAGUCACUUCUGCUCCCCGACAGGGAUCCCAGCCCCCCUGGACACGUCGGUUGCCUCUGUGGGCACCGAGGACCUGCCCCCCACGCCUGGGGGCGCCACACCUCCGCCGCCCGCUGUCCAGGUCCCGGUGGACGUCUCCGCGGUCACUGGGUCCGGAGUCUCAGGACAGGACGGUGCCUCUCCUGACUCCUCCCCGGAGGAGCAGAAGUCAGUCAUUGAGAUCCCCACGGCAGCCACAGAGAGCGUGCCUCCUUCGGAGAGCCAGUCCCAGGUCCCGGUCCGGCCCGGGCCCCCUGCCGCCCCCGCCCCGGCCCCUGCCGAGGAGAGCCCGCUGCCCAGCCCAGGUGAGGACAGGAGCGAGCAGGAGACAAAGCCCAGGUCCAAAAUCCCCGUGAAGGUGCUCCCCCACGCAGCCGGGCCGCAGCCUUCGCCUCUGCACUCCUCCCUGCAGAAGACGGGGCCUCCUCAGGGACAGGACGUGCCAGGCAGGGCCGCAGAUGACAGGGGCACCUCUGACUCAGAGGCCAGGCCUUGGGACUCAAAGACCAGAAGUCCAGCGAAAGCUCCAAGCUGUGCGGAGGCCGAAGCAGAGAGCGGGGAGUGGGCGGAGGAGCUCACCCUCGAGUCGGAGGCCGCAGCCUCGAGACCCAAGGUGUUUGCCUCCCGCCUGCCGGUGAAGAGCAGAGGCGCCCCAUCUUCCUGCAGGGGGGCCCCAAGCCCCACCCGGGAGAGCAGGGAGCACUUCCUUGACCUUUACAGGGAUUCCAUAGAGUUCUUCGAGGAGAUUAGUGAGGAGGCGUCCAAGCUAGUGGACAGGCUCAGCCAGGCAGAGAGGGAGCAGGAGGCAGUCUCGGAUGACGAGAGCAGUAGCGCCCUGGAAGCCUCGGUGAUCGAGAGCCUGCCACCUGCCGCGCCCGAGCGUGCGGGCCCCGAGGACAUCUUUGACGCCAGGCCCAUCUGGGAUGAGCCCAUUGAGACUCUGAUUGAGCGCAUCCCCGAUGAGAGUGGCCAUGACCCCACGGAAGAUCAGCAGGAUGCGCAGGAGCGGCUGGAGGAGCGGCUGGCCUACAUCGCCGACCACCUGGGCUUCAGCUGGACAGAACUGGCCAGAGAGCUGGACUUCUCCGAGGAGCAGAUCCACCAGAUCCGGGUGGAGAACCCCAACUCCCUGCAGGACCAGAGCCACGCGCUGCUCAAGUACUGGCUGGAGCGGGACGGGAGGCUGGCCACAGACACCAGCCUCAUUGAAUGCCUCACCAAGAUCAACCGCAUGGACAUUGUGCAUCUCCUGGAGACCAGCACGGAGCCGCUCCUGGAGCGCGCCAGCCACAGCUAUGCCGAGAUGGAGCAGACCAUCACGCUGGACCACAGUGAAGGGUUCUCAGUGCUGCAGGACGAGCUGCCCGCGCGGCACCCGCAGGCCCACGAGCACGCAGCGUCCCGAGCAGGCGAGGCCUGUGGUCACCCCCCUCUCGUCUCUGACGAAGACCUCUCCAUCGGCUUCUCCACGGUCCACGAUGGCACCUCCCGGACGGACGGGGACAGCCCCGCUGGGGAGCGCCUCCCCCAGGAGCGGGUGCGCGGGGGCCUGGCGGGGACAGGGACGCCCGAGGAGCCGGCCCCGGGGCCGCAGUCGCAGUGCUGUGUGACCAGCCCGUGGACACCAGGGCCAGACACCGCAAAGGCCACGGCAGCCCCAGACUCUCCCAGCAGGACCCCCGAGGAGGACAGGCCCCACCAGCCGGCCCCACCGCCCCGGGAGCGGGCAGACUCGCCCCUCGUGCAGGAGCCCGAGGAGUUCAGGGAGGCCGGGUCUCCGAGGAGGAACAGCCUGGUGAUUGUGGAGUCGGCCGAUGAGCAGCCACCGGCCUUCGAGAGCCUCGACGCAGACUCAGCGUUUCAGAAGGAGCUCACGGCCGAGCUGGGCGAGCUGGAAGCCAGCUCCGACGAGGAGGCGCUGGUCACCACCAGGGUUGUCCGCCGGCGGGUGAUCAUUCAGGGAGACGACGUGCCUGACCUGCCCCCAGAAACGGUCACGGAGGAGACAUACGUGGACGAGCACGGGCACACGGUGGUGAAGAAGGUCACCAGGAAGGUCAUCCGGCGGUUCGUGUCCGCGGACGGCACUGAGCGGGAGGAGGUCACCGUGCAGGGGCGGCCGCAGGAGCCCGUCAGCCUCGCGGACGCGGACGCCUACUCCAAGGUCGUCAAGCGCGUGGUGCUGAGGAGCGACACGGAGCGGGCGGAGGUGGCCGUGUCCGAGCCCGGCGCCCUGUGCGAGGCCUCGCAAUUCCAGGCGGAGCCCGUUGAGGGCCGCCGUGUCAGCAAAGUCGUCAAAACAACAGUGGUGCGUGGAGAGAGGAUGGAGAAGCAUCUGGGGGACCCCCGUGUCGCCCCUGACCUUCCCUCGGCCAAAGACGACUUCGAGCAGGCUCUGAGUUACACGGGCAGCCACGAGAAAGUCCACGCUCCCAGCUUAGUGGAGGAGGAAGUCCUGAGAGAGGACGGAUCAGUCGUGAAAAGGACCACGCUCCGUAAGGCCCGCACGCAGAAGCGGGCUGUGGUGAGGGACCGGCGUGGGAAGCGCGUGCACCUGGAGUCCCUGGAGGAUGUGCCCGAGGCCCUGCAGCGGGACGACCUCCAGCGCGACCUCCAGCAGCUCCUGCGGCACUUGUGCGGGGACGACCUGGAGCAGGAGGCCACGUGAGGCCGGCUCCCCAGACCCUCAGCCACGGCGCCGAUUGUGAGACACCUGCCUGCCCCCCCUCCCCCCCACGCUGAGCUCACGCUCCCUGGUUAGUGUCCCCUUAACUGUCAGCUAAUCUGUGACCAAAGAGAGCCUCCCCCGGUGCUGGGUCCCGGCUCCUGGCCUCCGGCUGCCCUGGGAACUGGCGCUCACCCUCCUCCACUUCCCCCAGCCCACGGGGCCCUCGACCUUGGCUCCCACAGACUCUCCCGUGACAGCAGGCGGCAGGCAUCCCCGCACAAGUGCGGGCGUCCGGGUACCAUGUACAUAGAAAAGGCUCAGAUGAGCGCACGGUGGGUGAGAGCCACGACCUGGUGUCACCACGUGGGCACCGGGAGCAGGGGCCCUGGAGACGCUGGACAUGGAAGUUCAGGGGUUGCGGACACAACCGGAGGACAGCACGCCCGGCCGCUGCAGGAGAGGCACCUCCGCCCACCCGUCCUGCCACCAGCACAGCCAUGGCUGGGAGCCCCGGCCCGCGGCCCCCGGCAGGCAGGGAGCAGGGCGUCCAGGUGCUAGCAGCUGCCCGGGCCUCCUAGCGUCUUCAGGUCUCUGAUUUCGGACACGUUGGCAGGGUAUCGACGAGCUGUACCGCUGUAGUCUCCAGAUCUCAUUGCUGCUGAGCAAACCGCGCUGUCUUACCCGUGGCCCCUCCUCCGGCCGCGGCUCUGUAGAUACACCCUUGGGAACAGGACCUGCCCAGGACACACAGACCAGACUCCUCACCGUGGGGGAGGGGCUCCCCUCCUCUCUCCGGUUCACUCUCCACUGGCGCCUGCAUGUCGCAUCUGAAACCCUCCCAGGUCGGACCCUCUUCCCGUGAGGGGGCGGUUUCCACUCCCUCCCCGGGGCGGUGAGCUCGCAGGAGAGAUGGAGGCAUCCUCACCAGUUUCGUUUUGGUUGAAAUUUGGGGUUUAUUUAUUUGAAAUCCAGACUCCCUUGGGAACCAGGGGGUGCCUGUGUGCGCCUCCCUGGGUGUGUGUUUCAGAGGGCGGGCGGCCGUCCUCAUCCCCUGGCGUAUUGCAAGUCUAUUCCUAUGCACAGAGCAUCUCUGGAUCAGUUAUUUAUGAAAGAGAAGUAUAUCCAACAGAGAUGACUUUUAAAACAGCCCCGGCUCUCUCCUGGCGGACGGAGCCCUUCCCGAUGCCAGCCGGUCUUUUCCUGCCGAGCAGAAGUGAGUCACUGCCCCCAAGGUCACGGCGAGGACCGGUGCCAGCGCGGCAUUUGGGGAGCGUCACCCCGAGGGUUUCCUGGGCGGGCGUGUCACAACCAGGCCUGCCCCAGUGCCAGCGCGUCGGGCCUCUGGGCAGGAAGGAAGCUUUGUCCGGCAGCCGGUGUGGAGAUGGCGCCUUCGGACCCUCCCUGAUGGAGAGAGCGUGGCUGUUGUGUAACUUGCCGUGCAGGUGACGUCUGUGUGACGUUCUCCACCUUUGUUUUGAAUUUUGCUGUGUGAUCAGAAAACUUGAAUCCUGUGAGAAGAAGUGCAUUUUCAGUUGACGAAUCAGCAUCUUGUUCCCAUGGCGAUGACCCUAAUUGACUAUAUUUAUGAGGCAUGUUCCAGUUAAUGGGGAAAGUACACCACUAACCACACGUAGCUGCAGACCGUGUGCCAUGGCUGAUUAACCUAAAUAAAACGUACAAGUGUCCGUG